GAACGUCACGAGACCCGGGCUUGUGACUCGCCCUCGCGCCUCCUACGUCACUGAAUGGGGUGGAGCGAGCGGCCGAUAUUUCCUGGAGACUGAGCCGAGCAGUGCUCAGAUUUUGGUAGAGGGCAGCACACAUCUUUGGCUUCAUCAUGGGUGAACUAUUUAGAAGCGAGGAGAUGACACUGGCACAACUCUUUCUGCAGUCCGAGGCUGCUUACUGUUGUGUCAGCGAGCUUGGGGAGCUGGGAAUGGUCCAAUUCCGAGAUCUCAAUCCAGAUGUAAACGUUUUCCAGCGGAAGUUUGUAAAUGAAGUGAGGAGGUGUGAGGAGAUGGAUCGCAAACUAAGGUUUGUAGAAAAAGAAAUUAAAAAAGCUAACAUACCCAUUAUGGAUACGGGGGAAAAUCCUGAUGUUCCUUUGCCAAGAGACAUGAUUGACUUAGAGGCUACAUUUGAGAAGCUGGAAAAUGAACUCAAAGAGAUCAAUACAAACCAAGAGGCACUGAAGAAGAACUUCCUUGAACUGACAGAGUUGAAACACAUCCUGAGGAGGACGCAGCAGUUUUUCGAUGAGGCUGAAUUGCAUCAUCAUCAGCAGAUGGCGGAUCCUGACUUGCUGGAGGAGUCCUCUUCGCUGCUGGACCCAAGUGAGGUGGGGAGAGGGGCACCACUAAGACUUGGCUUUGUAGCUGGUGUAAUCAAUCGUGAGAGGAUCCCAACCUUUGAGAGAAUGCUGUGGAGAGUGUGUCGAGGCAAUGUUUUCCUGCGGCAAGCUGAAAUCGAAGACCCUUUGGAAGACCCAGUCACUGGAGACCAGGUGCACAAAUCCGUUUUUAUCAUCUUCUUUCAAGGCGAUCAGCUGAAGAACAGAGUAAAGAAGAUUUGUGAAGGGUUUCGUGCAUCUCUGUAUCCCUGUCCUGAAACUCCACAGGAGAGGAAAGAAAUGGCAACAGGGGUUAACACUCGAAUUGACGACCUUCAGAUGGUUCUAAAUCAAACUGAGGACCAUCGCCAGAGAGUUCUGCAAGCAGCUGCCAAGACCAUAAGGGUGUGGUUUAUUAAAGUCCGAAAAAUGAAGGCCAUCUAUCACACACUGAACCUUUGUAAUAUUGAUGUUACUCAAAAGUGUCUCAUUGCUGAAGUCUGGUGCCCUGUGUCUGAUCUGGAUUCGAUACAGUUUGCUCUGCGGAGAGGAACUGAACGCAGUGGCUCUACAGUUCCAUCAAUUCUGAACCGAAUGCAAACCAAACAAACCCCACCAACCUAUAACAAGACCAACAAAUUUACCUCUGGAUUUCAGAAUAUUGUAGAUGCUUAUGGCAUUGGUACCUACAGAGAGAUCAACCCAGCACCAUACACCAUUAUCACUUUUCCUUUUCUAUUUGCUGUCAUGUUUGGGGACUUUGGUCAUGGAAUUUUGAUGACCUGCUUUGCUGUCUAUCUGGUUGUGAGGGAGAGUCGCAUUCUGUCUCAGAAAAGUGAGAACGAGAUAUUCAAUAUGAUUUUUAGUGGCCGCUACAUUAUUCUGCUGAUGGGUGCAUUCUCUAUCUAUACGGGGCUUAUCUACAACGAUUGUUUUUCUAAAUCUCUUAACAUGUUUGGCUCUGGAUGGAGUGUAAGACCUAUGUUUAACAAAGGAAACUGGUCAUACUGGACGGAUGAUGUGCUUAGGGAUAAUAGACUGCUGCAAUUGAACCCUGCACUCCCAGGAGUUUUUAAUGGGCCAUACCCAAUAGGAAUAGAUCCAAUAUGGAACAUUGCCACCAACAAAUUGACAUUCCUGAACUCCUUCAAGAUGAAAAUGUCAAUUAUCAUUGGCAUCAUUCACAUGCUGUUUGGUGUUGCACUCAGUCUCCUCAAUCAUCUCUAUUUUAAGAAGCCCCUGAACAUUUAUCUUGGCUUCAUUCCAGAAAUCAUCUUUAUGUCCUCUUUGUUUGGGUAUCUUGUAAUUCUUAUUUUCUAUAAAUGGGGUGCCUACAAUGCAGCAACAUCAAGAGAUGCUCCCAGUCUCCUCAUUCAUUUUAUCAACAUGUUCCUGUUCAAUUACAAAGACAAAAGCAUUCAAUUGCUUUAUUCAGGACAGGUUGGUCUGCAAUGCUUCCUUGUUGUCAUUGCAGUGAUCUGCGUCCCUUGGAUGUUAGUCAUUAAGCCUCUUGUUCUUAGGCAGCAGUACUUGAGGAGAAAGCAUUUGGGAACUCACAACUUUGGUGGAAUCCGGGUUGGAAAUGGGCCCACUGAAGAAGAUGCUGAGAUCAUUCAACAUGAUCAGCUCUCCAUGCACUCUGAAGAUGAGAAUGAACCUUCCGAUGAUGACGUGUUUGAUUUUGGUGAUACUGUGGUCCAUCAGGCUAUCCACACAAUUGAGUACUGCCUGGGUUGCAUCUCCAACACUGCUUCCUACCUUCGCCUCUGGGCGCUUAGCCUGGCUCAUGCACAGCUGUCUGAGGUACUGUGGUCCAUGGUGAUGCACACUGGACUCGCCAUUAACAAUGCGGCUGGCUUUUUCCUACUCUUCUUUGUUUUUGCAUUUUUUGCUACACUCACAGUGGCUAUCCUUUUAAUCAUGGAAGGCUUAUCUGCAUUUCUGCAUGCUCUUCGCUUACACUGGGUGGAAUUCCAGAACAAGUUCUACGCUGGUCAAGGUUUCAAGUUUGUACCAUUUUCUUUCAUGAGCAUUCUUGAAGGAAAGUCAGAUGACUGAACGUUUCAGCUCCUUGUCGUCUUUAUUCUUAAUUGAAUUGUGUUGUAAUGUGAUUGUGGACUAUAAAGUACCUCUUCAAUCUGAUGGCACACUUGUGUCAGUCUUGUGCAAAUCUUCGACCAUUAUGUGAUACUGUUUUGUCUAACCUUGUUUUAAUUUUCAAUACACAUACUGUAUUACUGUAGCCUGACUGAGGAUAGUCAAAUGUAAUACUAUAGCGAGGGUUGUCAGUGUAAUUUUAAAUUUAUUUUCACACAUGCUUUUAUAUUUAAUAUAAUUCUGGCAGUCUGCUAUACUAAUGGGCCUCAGGUCUUGCCCUGAAUAUUCCAGCUGCUGUUGUCAAGCAUAGAGGUGAAGAGUCUGCACACCUUCCUCACUCCACUGCAGGUAUCACGGUGAGGCUCACUACAGGCUUUCAAAUGACUUUUUAGUUUCUUAUUGUAAACAUAAUGGCAUUCCAAAUGCUUCUGCAUAUGCAUCCCAGUUUUUUUUGUCAUCUCCCCCAUCAGACAUCGGUCUAUUAAACCUGUAAAGAAGCUGUAAUUGAUUAAUAAGAGCUUAGUAUUCACAGUCACUGUUUAUUAUGUACUAUUCAUGUUUAAUUCCUUGAGUAAUGUUUAAAAAUUCCUGCUCCCAUCUAGUAAAUACUAAAGGUUUUAUCUCACAUCUAUGUGGUGUAGGAUUCUAACAUUUGUGAGACAUAUCACAGACCUGCCAGUUGGAGGGCUUUCCCCACUCGACCCACCACUCCAGACUUGUGUAGGUCAACCCUCUGCUUUUUCAGAAUACCCUGUAAGCCAUCUGUGCUUCUUUACGGCCUUUGUCUCAAGUGUUCUGCUCCCCGUGACUAUUUAUAGUGUUGUGGUGCUGAGGCUGCGGCCUUUAAAAGCGAGCUUAUCUGGCCUGUAUUUCCAAGUUUUAAAUGGAUACCGUGAUCUGCUAACCAUCUCUUUUUGGACACCUGAAAAAGAAGCAUUCUUUGAAGCGAAAAUGAACCCAUGUGUUGUAUUUAGAAACAUAUCAAAUUUCACCUCAAACUUUACUACUGUGAAGCUGUGCAAUAUGAGUUUCGAUUUGUGAAAUGUGUGUAAUGAUCACUUUGUGACAGAUCUUGUUGCAUGUUGAUGGUAAAUACAAUAUGUAAAUCCAGCCUCCUUGGGUGCAAGCAAAUAAAACUGAAGAGGACUUAAACUGUU